UUGCCCGGCACCGGGUGCCUCGGCGGCGCUUCGGCCUUGUUCGCGGCCUUGGGAAAGCGCCAGCGCGUCCGUGCGGUUUGUCGGCCGGCCGGCCGUCUGCCAGCAAGAAAGGCAUUUUCCAAAUGGCCCCUCCCUUUUGAGGUCAUGGAUUGCAACGUUAAAUACGGAUGGCGCGUUCCUGGCCAGCUUGUUCUGUUGCCGGCGGCGGCUACUCUGCGUCUGAGUUUGAGGCCUGUAAAGCUGAGGCCACCCUCGGAGGUAGGAUACGCAGCCCCCCCGUCCCCCCACCCCAUUCUGGGUCGGGGCGCCGACCAAUCAGAGGAAGAAGCGGCGCGCCGGCGAGGGGAGGGGCAAGUCAGCGGCGGGGACAAAGACGGCACCUCCGACCGCUGAGACUGGACAGAGAGAGCGCUGUUUGAUGGAGCGCCAGGAGCUGUGCUUUCCACAGCUGGGCAACCUGUCGUGCCGGAAGCCCGAGUCCGGUUGGAGCCACGGUGUCUUCUGGACGCUUGCGCUCUACUCGGUCUGCACGCUGACCGUGCUGCUGAACCUGCUGGUCAUCAUCUCCGUCGGCCACUUCAGGCGUCUGCGCAGCCCCACCAACCUGCUCCUGCUCUCGCUGGCCGUGUGCGACCUGCUGGUGGGCCUGCUGGUGUGGCCGGGCGAGAUCUACCUGGAGAAAUCCUGCUGGGCUUUGGGCGACGUGCUGUGUUCUCUGUACAACCUGGUCUCCUUCACGGUGACGUCGGCCUCGGUGGGCCACGUGGUGCUGGUGUCGGCCGAGCGCUACGUGGCCAUCUGCCGCCCGCUGCGUUACAACCUGACGGUGACGGUCAAGCGAAUUCAACUUUGCGUUUGCGUGUGCUGGUUCUGCUCUCUUCUGGUGAGCGGCGUGUUAAUGAGGGAGGACCUGGCGCACCCCGGCCAGCACGCUUCUUGCUACGGCCAGUGCCUCAUUCAUCUGGACUACGAGGCGGGCCUUUUCGAUCUGCUGGUGACGUUUGUCCUUCCUCUCAGCACCAUUGUGCUUCUGUACUCGCGCGUGUUUGCGGCGGCCCUGUCUCAGGCGCGCCGGCUGGCGCGCGGCAAAGCGCGCCCUUCCGGAGCCAAGAAGUCGGAGCUGAAGGCGGCCAGGACUCUGGGGGUCCUGGUCCUGGUCUUUCUGAUGUGCUUCUGUCCGUACUACUGCGUCUUGCUGGCGGCCGACAGCUUGCCCUCGUUUGUGCUCCACGCGUACUACCUCAACUCCUGCGUGAAUCCCUUGAUCUACGCGUGGUUCUACCCAUGGUUCCGAGCGGCUGUCAAGCACCUGCUCACGCUGCGCGUGCUGCGUCCGGGCUCCCGGGGGGGCCACGCGGCAUAGAGUGGCGCCCUCCGGGCUUGCUUCUUGCCAGAACACAGCAAAGCGGAGACGCGGUCGUGCCACGCCGCACGUCUUCUCGCUCUUCCUUCCCGUGCGUCAAGCUGCCCAACGAGUCGGCGGCGGCGGCCCGAAACCUCGACCGCCCGCCCGCCGCUUCCUCCCCACUUCUUUCCCCCAGCUGAGCCGCAAGUGUAGCAGCCAGCCAGCCAGCCAGCCAGCCAGCCAGCACCACCAGGCGGCGUUGAGAACUUUUGGCCACCAGUCAGUCACACGGUGUCAUGGCUUGGAGAGAGCAAAUCUGCAAGUUGGGAUCGGACCUGACUCCAUGCCGCAGUGCAACCAUCCACUUGCCACUCUAUGCCAAGCAAAGGUUUGCCAUUAAAAGAUGUAUGCUUGCAUUGCAACUAUUCAACAACAAUUAGAAGUGCAACUAUUGAAAGAGACUUACGAGAGAGAGUUCCUGCUGAUUUCCCUUUAUUAUUGUAGUUUAAUUUCUAUUCGCAGCAAGCGACAACAACCACAACCAUUCGAAUGAACUUGUGCAACUCUGCAAGGAAGAAGGGGCAACUAUGAGCUCCCCCAAUGGAGGUGUGCAAGGUGACUUUUAUCAAGCCUGUUAUUAA